CGCGGGGGGCUGGCGGCGGUAGCGGCUGCGGGGGCCCAAAGGGGAAGAAGAAGAACGGAAGGAAUCGAAGCGGCAAAGCCAACAACCCCCCGUACCUGCCCCCAGAGGCAGAAGAUGGAAACAUCGAAUAUAAACUGAAGCUGGUGAACCCAUCCCAGUACCGCUUCGAGCAUCUGGUAACACAGAUGAAGUGGCGGCUCCAGGAGGGACGCGGUGAGGCUGUCUACCAGAUCGGGGUGGAGGACAAUGGGCUGCUGGUGGGGCUGGCUGAGGAGGAGAUGCGGGCCUCCCUCAAGACCCUGCACCGGAUGGCAGAGAAGGUUGGGGCGGACAUCACUGUCCUCCGGGAGCGAGAAGUAGACUAUGACAGUGACACACCCCGGAAGAUCACUGAGGUGCUGGUGCGAAAGGUCCCCGACAACCAGCAGUUCCUAGACCUCCGCGUGGCUGUCCUAGGGAAUGUGGAUUCAGGGAAGUCGACCCUGCUGGGAGUCCUGACCCAGGGUGAACUGGACAACGGGCGGGGCCGGGCCCGGCUGAACCUUUUCCGCCACCUGCAUGAGAUUCAGUCUGGCCGGACCUCUAGCAUCAGCUUCGAGAUCCUGGGCUUUAACAGCAAAGGAGAGGUGGUGAAUUACAGCGACUCUCGGACGGCAGAGGAGAUCUGUGAGAGCAGCUCCAAGAUGAUCACCUUCAUCGACCUGGCUGGCCACCACAAGUACCUGCAUACCACGAUCUUCGGCCUCACCUCCUACUGUCCCGACUGUGCCCUGCUCCUCGUCAGCGCCAACACAGGGAUUGCUGGCACUACAAGGGAGCAUCUGGGGCUGGCGCUGGCCCUGAAAGUUCCCUUCUUCAUUGUGGUCAGCAAGGUGGACCUGUGUGCCAAGACCACAGUGGAGAGGACAGUACGCCAGCUAGAGCGGGUCCUCAAGCAGCCUGGCUGCCAUAAAGUCCCUAUGCUGGUCACCUCUGAGGACGAUGCUGUUACUGCUGCCCAGCAGUUUGCACAGUCACCCAAUGUCACCCCCAUCUUCACGCUGUCCAGCGUGUCUGGGGAGAGUCUGGACCUCCUCAAAGUCUUCUUGAACAUCCUGCCCCCGCUCACCAACAGCAAAGAGCAGGAGGAGCUCAUGCAGCAGCUGACAGAAUUCCAGGUGGAUGAAAUCUACACAGUGCCAGAGGUGGGGACUGUCGUUGGAGGCACACUUUCCAGCGGGAUCUGCCGUGAGGGUGACCAGCUGGUGGUGGGCCCCACUGACGAUGGCUGUUUCCUGGAGCUGAGGGUGUGCAGCAUCCAACGCAACCGCUCAGCCUGCCGGGUGCUUCGGGCUGGGCAGGCUGCAACACUGGCCCUCGGGGACUUUGACCGCGCCCUCCUUCGAAAGGGCAUGGUGAUGGUGAGCCCCGAGAUGAACCCCAUCAUUUGCUCAGUGUUCGAGGCAGAAAUAGUCCUACUGUUUCAUGCCACCACCUUCCGACGAGGAUUCCAGGUGACAGUACACGUGGGCAAUGUCCGUCAGACAGCUGUGGUGGAAAAGAUCCAUGCCAAGGACAAGCUGCGGACGGGAGAGAAGGCAGUGGUUCGUUUCCGCUUCCUGAAACAUCCUGAGUACCUGAAGGUGGGCGCCAAGCUGCUGUUCCGGGAGGGUGUCACCAAGGGCAUCGGCCAUGUCACCGAUGUGCAAGCCAUUUCAGCAGGUGAAGCCCAGGCCAACAUGGGCUUCUAAGUCCUCCAGGCAGGGCAGUUGUUGCUGUCCCAAUACAUAAGGUGACUUCCGGCCAAGCUGCCCCCUUAAUGGUGGCUGUUAGUGUUAAUAGGCUUGGGAAAGAGGGGUGCUCUCUGCCACCUGCUUCCUGUCACCUUUCUGGAGAGGUGUCAGGCUUGGUGAGGCAGGGAGGGCAGUCCUGUGGGAGAAGACGGAAUUGAGGGUGGUGCCCAGCUGCUGUCUGCCCUGGCAACCCUGUGGCCUGCCUACUGGAAGGUACUGACUACAGCCACCUUGGCCCACUACCAGGACUGGGUGUGAGUCACCAGUGUGAUCCUUGCACUUCAUGAAUUGUCACAGCUGAGGUGGCCCUUCAAAGCGCUUCUUUUUCUAUACCUCUUCUUAAGGCCAUGUAAGUUGCCCAUUUCUCACUGACUGUGGACAAAAGACACUGAAUGGCAGUGCUCCCACGUAUACUGUGCUGAGACCUGGGGCCUGUUCCUCAGCUUUAUUUCCUGUCCCUAGCCCUACUGUCACAGGCCCCACAGGUGCUAUUUGUCGUGCUGGCCCAGGUGUGGGGCUGCUGGGCCAAGGCCUGGCAUACCAAAGGCCAGCUGCAUGUCACUCAGUCUCGUCCUUCCCUCUGCAGUUGUCUGUCAGCCCUCAAGUAGUGUUUUACCUUCUCAGACCUGUGGCUGGGGGAUCCGACCCACAGUUCCAUACCCUUCCAUCCUCACCCUACUUCCUCUCCAACAUAAACCUCAUUUUAGUAAUUUGUAGUGCCUGUCCCCUUCCCUCUGUUGCAGGGAACCAGGAGGAAAGGGAAAGAAUUUACCCUAUUUCCUAUUCUUUAGGUACAGCUUUAGGUACAGACACCUCCUUUCCCUUUGUUAGUGUCCUGGGUUUCCGUGGACUCAGGGAUUUGUUGAUUGAGGUUUCUCUGCAAAAAAUAAUAUAUAUAUGUGUAUAUAGAUACAUAUAUAUAUAUGUAUAUUUAAAUACACAUAUACACUG